AUGUUCCAAAACCUAAAGGAUGACGAUGUUCAAUCGAUGUGGCCGCUCCAUCACAGCAACGAGUCUUUCAAGAACGUGUUUGUCAAGAGCGGAGAUUACAUCUGCUUCGAGAUCACUGAAUCGACAAGCAAAAUCCCGGAAAAGAUCUACCAGCUUUCUCGACUAUACGUGGUACUGAAGGACUACUUCAUCGGGAAAUCCUCUCGGAUCGCUGCUAUGGGCAUCAUAGUCGACAGUGACAGAGAAGAGUUUCCAAUAGCUGCGGAAAAAGCCAGAAAUUUCCUCAAGGGAGUGGCAAACACUCCUGACCUAGCAAAGAAUAUGAUCAACUCAAGCAUACCGACUUUCCUUUUGCACAUUCCGAUGCCUAACAUCUACAGCUCGAUAGAAAGACUCAAGGAGGAUGAGAUGAAGAUUGAAAUGAAAAAGCAAAUGGCAGAGCUUGCAAGUGGUCAAGAUGAGAUGAAGAUUGAAAUGAAAAAGCAAAUGGCAGAGCUUGCAAGUGGUCAAGAUGAGAUGAAGAUUGAAAUGAAAAAGCAAAUGGCAGAGCUUGCAAGUGGUCAAGAUGAGAUGAAGAUUGAAAUGAAAAAGCAAAUGGCAGAGCUUGCAAAUGGUCAAGAUGAGAUGAAGAUUGAACAAGAACAGAUGAAGAUUGAAAUGAAAAAGCAAAUGGCAGAGCUUGCAAAUGGUCAAGAUCAGCAGAUGCAAGAGCUGAAGCUCUGCAUACAAGGGGAAGUUGUAAAUGGACAAGGGCAGUUUAAGAAGCAGGUCUGGGAGUUUCUACACGGCAAAUCAUUUUCAGACUCGUCAAACACCGGCGGACCUCAAGACACAGUCGUUGGCACUGAGGCGGCGCCUGCUCUUAUCUCGAUAGCACAUGGCACUAACGACUCUCAGUGA